AUGGAGGGUGAGCGCAAGGGCCAAGGCCAAUAUGCAAGGUCUGGUGACGCGCGGGAAAUGAUUGUGGUCAAUAAUAGUGAACUUGCACGUUCCGGGAACUGCGUCGCGCGAGCCACGCAACGCCACUUCCACCAGUGUCUCGGGAGAAGGGAACUCUUCUCCAAGCUGGCCGAUCCGCGUAAAAUAAGUCACAGAAGAACGAAGAUAUCGCCAGCAAACCAGGUCAAUGGGAAGGUCUUGGCGCCCCCCGGGACGGAGGAGUUCGACGGCCCGCUGGAAAACCGUUCCUGCCGAGAUGUGGUGUUCCUCAUUCUCUUCAUCGGUUGCGUCGUCGGCGCGAUUGCGUACUUGGUGUACGCCGGCACUAAGGGCGACCCAGCGCGCCUCAUCCAUGGCCAUGAUCAGUACGGCAAUGUCUGCGGACAGAAGAACCCAAAGUACUUCGGUCUGUCUCAGUCCGGCAAGGACUUCACAGGAAAGCCAUUCCUGAUGAUGGAUAUGACUCUAAAAAUGGAUCCUGUCGGCAUUGCUACCGGCAAUAAGGAUACCGGUAUAAGCAGCACCUCCACUUGCGUAGCCGAAUGUCCUAAGGAUAGAUCUACUGUCUUUGGAUUUUACUGCCUGCCACUGUCCCUUUCGGACGCUGGGAACAAAACUGACAAAGUGCUGACGGCGCUGACAGGCACGAGUGGCACCGACUUCUUCGAAAAUGUUGGCCGCGACCUAAGAUCGUCUUGGCGCGAAAUCAUCUACAUGUGCCUUGUUGCUCUCGGCCUUUCUAUCGUCGUGACGGCUAUGCUCAGGUUCCUGGCCCCUGUAAUUGUAUGGAUCACAGUGGUUUUGAUCAUUGUGGCAUCUGUGGCCGUCACCGUUUUCCUUUGGGUCUCAUGGCACUUGCGGAAGCAAGCAGUGCAACGGGCAGAGAACUCUUCGGGGAACAACAAUGACACCUUGUCAGGAUACGAGAAGGACGUCCUUAGGGGGUCUGUCAACAAUUUUCUAAUUAUGGCCAUCGUGUCUACAAUAUUCACGGUAUUGACCGUAGUGUUGUUAAUUGCCAUGAGAAACAGGAUCAAAUUGGUCAUUGUGCUCUUCAAAGAGGCAGGAAAAGCAAUUGCAGCAAUGCCCAUGAUCCUCAUGCAACCAAUGUGGACGUGCCUGUGGCUGGUGCUCGUGUGCCUCCUCGGUGUCAUCGGUGUACUGCUAAUCGAAUCUUCAGGCGACCCCAAGCUCUACCAAGGAACGGUCCUCUUUGUGAAGAGCAGUCUCAUGGCUUAUUUGCGAUGGUACCACCUGUUUGCCUUAUUAUGGAUCACACAGUUCCUUGUUGCCUGUCAGCAUGUUACAAUUGCUGGGUCAAUUUCCCAAUGGUACUUCACAAGGAACAAGAAUAAGCUUGGAUGGCCGAUUCUGACUUCCAUGAAAAGGAUGUACCGCUACCAUCUCGGCUCGAUCGCUCUCGGCUCUCUCAUCAUCGCGCUGGUUAAGUUGGUCAGGAUUGUCUUGAAGUACAUGGAGAAGCGCUUGGGUGGACAGAGCCAGGCUUGUUCUUGGGCACUCAAAUGCUGCCAGUGCUGUCUCUGGUGCUUCGAAAAAUUCCUUAAAUUCCUAAGCAAGAAUGCGUACAUCGAGAUAGCUAUCUACGGUUAUGGCUUCUGCAAAGCCGCACAGAAGGCCUUUUCGCUUCUUGUUAACAACGCGUUCAGGGUCGCUGCCAUCAACUACGUCGGCGCUUUUGUCCUGUUCCUUUCCAAAGCCACGGUCGUCAUUUCCUCUGUAUUUAUAGGCAUCGAAAUCAUGAAGACUAGAAAAGACGUGACCUACGCCUGGGUGCCCGUCCUGAUAGCUGCAGUCUUCUCGUACUUCAUUGCUCAUUGCUUCAUUUCCGUGUAUGAGAUGACCAUAGACACAUUGUUUUUGUGUUUCUGCGAGGACUGCGAACGCAACGACGGAAUUGAGAAACCGUACUAUAUGAGCAAGGGACUAAUGCAAUUCGUGGAGAACAGCAAGAAAGCCCUUGCAGCACUGGAAGCGAAUCAGCCACAAGGAAAGGCUUGGACCACGAAUGUACAACCGCAAAAUGGAAUCACUUCGACGCACUAUCCUGUCGCAGCACCUCUGCCCGAGCACGCCCAAGGAGGAAUGGCCCCCCUCCCUCCCUCUUAUCCCCCGAACUCCAUGCCCCCCACCCCCAGUCGCUUUAUGACCCCGGCUGGAUAACUGAAAUCAUCAUCACGCACGCUAAAGUAUUGGAAAUAACACACUGCAUGAUAUCCAUCCUGAAGGAUUCAGUAUUGCCUAUAUCCCCUCGUGAUGUUAGUGUUGAUACAGCACGAGAAUCUCUACACUUCAGAAUGCAUAUAUUUGGCAUUGGAAAAUUGCUUAAAAUCUAAAUAUUCGAAAUGUGUCUGUUUCAUGAUCUUGGUUUUUGUAUCAAAGUAUUCCAUUUACUCAGGAAGAAGAAAAAUAAUUAUAAGGCCUUUUUUUUGUAACAUCCCGAAAUUACUAACACUUUGAUUCAUUAUUUGAUGUUGGUUCGCGGUCGUUACAAAACUUCAUUUUAUAAAAAGUCAUUAGAAGACCAUUAAACUACUUACUGUGCUGGUAUGGUUUAAUUAAAUAGUAAAACAGUAUGGGAGCUUCAAAUUAAAUGGAAAAAGUACAUGACUAUUAUGUGAUUUACAAAUUUACGCACCACUCUUCGCCUCCCAAAGCCCUGGAAACUUGUAAAUGUAUUUCUCAGAAUCAGAUUUAAAAAAAUGGAAAGUGGAAGUAGUUUGAUUAACGUAUUGCAUCUAUCCACAAUGUCCGAACCUCGCACAACUAGAAAAUGCCUAUGAUCACAGUUAUUUACUUGUCUUAGUGCCUGCAAUAUAUCAUUUAAUUCGUUCUCUUAUAUGUCUUUUAUAUCAAGUAAAUUAUAUGAUUCGUAAUUAAUGAAAAUAUAUAUCCCCGACUGAUACGCAAGUGAAAUAUAUUUGAAAGUAUCGCGUUCUUUUUGGCUUUGUCAAGGUAGAGGGGUUUCAACAGGUUCCAAUUAUAUACGCCUAAAGGGCAAACACGUUUGAAGUUGUAUCAAAGUGUAUCAUAGUGAUAGGGGUUUUGGAGAUUCUAGAAAAAAAGGUCUUUAAGCUCACACACUCUGUGCAAGUACAAUGCGUUUUCACUCACGAUAUAAUAUGGCAUAUUAGUUGCUGAGGUAACUCCUGAUCUCGGUUCUCAUACACUCUUUGGAUUUUUCUCUUUUACGUAUAUUAACCCUCACGUUUAUUGAUUUUAUAAGUGAAACUGCCUCCAUGAAACAUGCUCAGAACGAUUUUAUUUUGCCACUGUGCCUUUGAAUUUGCUUAAGCUUAAUCUGUGAACAACUAGAGAGAAAAAAGGUUGUUUACAGUACACUUAGCCUAUACUUGUUAAGUGCAGGAGGGCACACGCACACACACACGCACACACACUCACACGCACACACACACACACGCACACACACGCACAAACACACGCGCACACACACACACAAACACACACA